UAGGAAAGAAUCAGAAAAAGUCCAAGUAAACAAAUAAUUCAAACAGCCCACAACAGCUUGCAGGAAAGGAGAAAGAACAACUCAACAACCAAACCAAACCCACCCAAUUUUCUUCCUCUCACAGUAAAACCCCAUUUCUAAUUUUCGCUCAAUUCCCAAAUUUAGGGGAUUUUCCAAAAAUCCCCAAUUUCAAUCCCCAAUUCCUCUCAAACCCUAAUUUUUACAGAAACCAAAACAAAAUGUUCCCAAAUAACCCGAAAUUCUCUCUCCUAAUAUUACUCUCUCUCUUUUUCAUCUCAUUUCUCCAAUUUGCAAAAUCUGAAACUCAACCUUCCGUCAUUCAAUUACCCUCAGAUUUCGCCGGAAAUCACGAUAUAUGUUCGCCGGAAGAAUUUACCGGUAAAUCUUGCCCGGUAAAAUGUUUUCGACCCGACCCAGUUUGCGGCGAAAAUGGGGUUACUUACUGGUGUGGUUGCGCUGAUGCUCAUUGUGCGGGUACUCGGGUCGCUAAAUUAGGGUUUUGUCAGGUGGGAAAUGGUGGAUCGGGUCCAUUAUCGGGUCAAGCUCUUCUUUUAGUUCAUAUGAUUUGGCUUAUUGUUUUAGGGUUUUCUCUUCUUUGUGGAUUGCUUUGAAAUUUUAAUUCCUACUCAUUUUUUUUAGGAUUAUAUUUUGUAUAAUGGGAGAAUUUUUUUUUUUUUUUUUAGGGAGAGGAACUAUUGAUUUUUGUGUGCGAUGAUGAUUAUGAUGAUGAUUCUUUUUGUAUGUAUUGUAAUUGGAAUUUGACAAAUUCAUAUUAGGAAAUGAAAUUCUUUUACGUCUUGGUUUGUAUGUAACAAUUUGGUUGUCUUUUGAAUUCUUGUACUAUUGUAUUCUUUUGUGAUUGUUGCAUUUGAGAUGUAUGAAAUUUUUCUUUCUUAUA